AUGCGGCACCGUCUGCAAACGCUUUUCCAAAGGAAAUUUAAAGUCAGCCUCCUCUUUCUCCUGCUCUUGGCCCUCCUGGUGCACCUGGCGAUGGAUUUGGCUCUCCCCACAGCCCACAGGCCCUGCGGCUGCAAUGCGAAAGCACCAAAAGCCUCGCAUGUCCCAUCAGGCAGCCCCGUGCUGGCUGGCCCCAAAAAGCUGAGCCUGCGAAUCCUUCAGGAUUUCAGCGGCAGCAACGGCUCUUUGGAGAAAAGCUCCCAGCCGCAGGGAGCAGGGCCGAACACAAGGGCUGGAGAGCCAGGGGUCCGGCACCAGCGCGGAGAGGGGAAUGUGGGGCGGACCGAGGGAUCAAAGCUGGCGGCGCUCUUCGAGCAUCCUCUUUACAACAUCCCAAUCCCGGAGGUGACAAAGAAAGACAAGCUGUUUGUCGUCAACCCCAUGGAGAAGUUCAGCCUGCGCAGCAGCGGGAGUGAUGAAUGGGUCAGCAGCAGUAAAGCCGAGACGCUCCUCCUGACAGGGAAGACAGCCUAUGACACCUACCCCGCCUGGCUGAAAUUCCACAUUGGCAUCAACCGCUACGAGCUGUACCCCCGCCGGGACCCCCUGAUGCCCACCCUCCUCCGGGACUUGGCCACGCAGAGGAUUGUCAGCUCGGUCCAGAAGUCUGGCGGGACCCAGCUCAAGCUCAUCAUGACGUUCCCGAAUUACGGGCAGGCCCUCUUCAAGCCCAUGAAGCAGCCCCGGGACCAGGAGACACCCAUUGACUUCUUCUACUUCUCGGACUUCGAGCGGCACAAUGCGGAGAUUGCAGCCUUCCACCUGGACAGGAUUCUGGAUUUCCGGCGAAUCCCCCCAGUUUCUGGCCGUUUGGUCAAUAUAACAAAGGAGAUUCGUGACAUCACCACAGACAAGAAACUGGCCAAGACUUUCUUCAUCUCCCCAGCGGGCAACGUCUGCUUCUACGGGGAGUGCUCCUACUACUGCUCCACCGAGCACGCCCUCUGCGGCAAGCCGGACCGGUUGGAGGGCUCCAUGGCCGCCUUGCUGCCCGACAAGACCUUGGCCAAGCGCCGCUCCUGGCGCAGCCCCUGGCGCCGCUCCUACCACAAAAGCAAGAAGGCUGAGUGGGAGCUGAACCCCAACUACUGCGCUCGGGUGCGAGAGACACCACCCUACGACAGGGGCCAUCGCCUCCUCGACCUCAUUGACAUGACGGUCCUCGAUUUCCUUAUGGGCAACAUGGACCGGCACCACUACGAGACCUUCGAGAAAUUUGGGAACGACACUUUCCUGCUCCACCUGGACAACGGUCGCGGCUUUGGCACGCACUCACGCGACGAACUGUCCAUCCUGGCCCCCCUCCAGCAAUGCUGCAGCAUCAAGAAGUCGACCUACCUGCGGCUGCAGCUGCUGGCCACCCAGCCCUACCGCCUGAGUGACCUGCUGCGGGAGGCGCUGGCCGCUGACCCCCUGGCCCCCGUCCUGGCCGAGCCCCACCUGCGGGCGCUGGACCGUCGCCUGGGGAAGGUGCUGGCGGCGGUGGGACGCUGCCUGGCCAGGGCGGCCCGCCCGGGCCAGGUGCUGGUGGAUGAUGUGGGGUCACGGGUGUGA